UGGCCCACCGGAAGUGGCGCGCGCCUGCUCAGGGAGCUCGGGUUGUAGGUGGUGCGCCGGUCUCUCGGGUGCCUCUGAGACUCCGUAGGGCCUUUGGGCCGGUAGGCGAGGAAUGGAGCCGGCAGGCGGCGGUGGUGGCAUCUCCUCCACAGAUCUGCGAAGCACCUACGUGCUGAGUAACCUUGCGGAGGUGGUGGAGCGUGUGUUUACCUUCCUGCCGGCCAAAGCGCUGCUUCGGGUAGCCGGAGUAUGCCGCCUGUGGAGGGAGUGUGUACGCAGAGUGCUGCGGACCCAUCGCAGCGUGACCUGGAUCUCCGCGGGUGUGGCCGAAGCAGGCCACCUGGAGGGACAUUGCUUGGUGCGCGUGGUAGCUGAGGCACUUGAGAAUGUUCGAAUCUUACCACAGACAGUUCUCUACAUGGCAGAUUCUGAAACUUUCAUCAGCCUGGAAGAGUGUCGUGGCCAUAAAAGAGCGAGGAAGAGAACUACUAUGGAGACAGCAUGUGCCCUGGAGAAGCUUUUCCCCAAGCAGUGCCAAGUCCUUGGGAUUGUGACUCCGGGAAUUGUAGUGACUCCAAUGGGAUCAGGUAGCAAUCGACCUCAGGAAAUAGAAAUUGGAGAAUCUGGUUUUGCUUUAUUAUUCCCUCAAAUUGAAGGAAUAAAAAUUCAGCCCUUUCAUUUUAUUAAGGACUCCAAGAAUUUAACACUGGAAAGACACCAGCUUACUGAAGUAGGUCUUCUGGACAACCCUGAACUUCGUGUGGUCCUUGUCUUUGGCUAUAACUGCUGUAAGGUGGGAGCCAGUAAUUACCUGCAUCGGGUAGUCAGCACUUUCAGCAAUAUGAAUAUCAUCUUGGCUGGAGGCCAGGUGGACAACUUGUCUUCACUGACUUGUGAGAAGAACCCUCUGGAUAUUGAUGCCACAGGUGUGGUUGGACUGUCAUUUAGUGGGCAACGAAUCCAGAGUGCCACAGUUCUUCUCACUGAGGAUGUAAACGAUGCCAAGACCGUCGAGGCUGCUAUGCAGCGCCUCAAAGCAGCCAACAUCCCUGAACAGAACACCAUUGGCUUCAUGUUUGCAUGUGUUGGCCGAGGCUUUCAGUACUACAGAGCCAAGGGGAAUGUUGAAGCUGAUGCAUUUAGAAAGUUCUUUCCCAAUGUCCCCUUAUUUGGCUUCUUUGGAAAUGGGGAGAUUGGCUGCGACCGGAUAGUCACUGGGAACUUUAUACUGAGGAGAUGUAAUGAGGUAAAGGAAGAGGACCUGUUCCAUAGCUACACAACCAUCAUGGCUCUUGUUCACCUGGGAACCUCUAAAUGAGCCGCCUCGCUUUCACACCAUGUAACUUUGGGGGUUUCUCUUUUUUAGAAAAAUGGAAACUCGGGAUACAAAUAUUUUAAGCAAAACUAGCUAUGUGUGUUUUGUAGCUUUGGGUGACGCUCUGAGAUCACUUUGGGAUGAUUUUUUAAUACAUAGAUGAAGGACAGCGUUAACAUUGUAAGCACGCAAGUCAAGAAGUGAGGCUGUGGUUAGGUGCAAGCAAAGCUGCCGGGGCUGAACUGCCCCAGAUUCUGUAGCCACUGUGUAAGCACCCUGCGAGGUUGAGGGCCACCAGGAAGGUGGAGGCUUAAAUAGUGGUUGAUGAACUUGUAGCAGAAUCAUGACUUAAGAAAGGAGAAAAUUGCCGGGUGUGGUGGCGCACGCCUUUAACCCCAGCACUUGGGAGGCAGAGGCAGGUGGAUUUCUGAGUUCGAAGCCAGCCUGGUCUACAGAGUGAGUUCCAAGACAGCCAGGGCUAUACAGAGAAACCCUGUCUCAAACCUUCCCCGCCCCCACCCCCCCAAAAAGAAAGGAGAAAAUUAAAGAAAUGGCUUGAGAAGUUUUGCAGAAGCUGUAACAAAUAUUGGCUUUUUACUUUUCUGAUGAAGAACAAUCUGUUUUGUUACUGUAUAAAGUUGUUCUUUUUGUGAGUUAGCUUUUUCCUCUUCAUAGUAAAGAGACUGCAAGGGAACAGCCUGUAUCACACAGUUCUGAAAAUCAUCACCAUAUUUUGUUUGUACACCAAUAAAACAUACUUCCUACUCAA